AUGAACAAAAAUUUAUCAAACUUUAAUGCGUGGGCAAAUAAUCCUCUCAAAACAAGAGAUGAUAUCGUGCAAGCUCUUCACCAACAAUUGGAUCCAUUGAUUCCUGCCUUUUCCGAAGAUGGUGGUGCUGUAUGUUUAGCUGAUUCUGGAGCAAUAUUCACGAUGGAAGCAGCAGAAUUAGAAGGUUAUGCUAGGCCAUUGUGGGGAAUUGUUCCAUAUGUUUUUGGUGGUGGUGAAUUCAAACAUUGGGAGCUUUUCAGAAAAGGUUUGGCCAAUGGAACAAAUUCUAACCACCCAGAAUAUUGGGGUAACAUUAAAGAUUUGAGUAUGAAGCAGCAGUUGGUGGAAUUGGCAGCAGUUGGUUUUGCAUUAUGUUUUGUUCCCGAGCAUAUUUGGAACCCUUUAACCGAUGAAGCUAAGGAAAAUGUUUCUAAAUUUUUGCUUGAAGCAAGAGAGAACGAAUUUAAUCAUUGUAAUUGGAAAUUUUUCAGGGUUAUGAUUGAUUUAGGUUUGGAAAAAGUUGGUGUUAAAUUUGAUACGUCGUUGACAGAAGAAUAUUUCCAAGAUUUGGAAACCAUGUAUAUUGAUGAUGGUUGGUACGGUGAUGGUGCAAAUUAUAGAAUUGACUAUUAUAAUCCGUUUGCAUUACAUUUCUACGGAAUGAUAUACUACUUUGUCAAACAUGAUAGUGAUCCAGAAAGAAGCAACAAAUACAGAAGUAGAGCUGAAAAAUUUGCAAAACAGUUUAUGCACUGGUUCAGCGAUGAUGGAGCUUGCAUACCAUUUGGUAGAUCUUGUAUCUAUAGGUUUGCAGUUGACGCAUUUUGGGGUAUGAUUGCUUGUAUAACUAAACCAGACGAAGAGCCAGUAAUCCCAUGGGGUGUUUUGAAGGGCGUGUAUUUAAGAAACUUACGUUGGUGGUCCAAACAAUCUGUUUCGUUCUACAAAACAAACAUUUUAUCGGUAGGCUUUAGUUACCCAAACCAAUUCAUAUGUGAAGCGUACAACUCACCUCAGUCUCCAUAUUGGUCUCUCAAAGCAAUGUCACCUCUAAUGUUACCAGAAUCACAUCCAUUCUGGACUGUCAAAGAAGAGCCUUUGCGUUUAGAUAGCUCCAGCUUUAGAGUACCGGGAAUGCUUAUUUCUCACGCUAGCGGUAAUACAGUGGCAUUAUCAAGUGGACCUUACCAUGAUUUUGCUAGACAUUGGGCUGAGAAAUACUGCAAGUUUGCUUACAGUACGAGAUAUGGUUUCAGUGUGGAGAACAAUUUAAAAGAAUUUGAAUUGGCUACGCUUGAUAACAUGAUUGGUUUUAGUUUUACUGGUAAAGACUUCUUUUUUAGAGGUAAAAAUAAAUCAUGGAUUUUCGAAGACGGUUUAUAUAGUGAAUGGUCACCUGUUAAGGAUAUUGAAGUCAGAACAUGGAUUCUUCAAAGAGGUAAAUACCAUAUAAGGGUGCAUAACAUCUGUAAUAAUACCGAGGAUGACAUGGAAUCUAUAGAAGGUGGGUUUGCAAUAUCUGUAAUGUAUAAGAAGAAUAUUCAGAGUAUCACAAACCCUGGUUUAAAGUCUGUUGCUGAAAUAUCUACUUCUGAUGAUACUAGUUUAUUGAUUAAUUUCUUGGAUGAAAGAAGGCCAAGGGCAUGUGAACCAGAUCCAAAUUCCAAUUUAAUAUCAUCUAAAGUAAUGUUACCACACUUAAGAGGGUCUAUACCAGCCAAAUCUUCAGCUAAUUUUGCGUGUCUUGUUUAUGGUCAGCCUAAAGACAAUUCCUUUUCGACGAAUACCUUAUUAAAUUCUGUGACAAUUCCGGAUCAGAGAGAGUUAGAAGAAUUAAAAUUAAAGGCUCAAAGAGUAUUGUGUAAUGUUUAG